GUAGUUAUUCCACUAAAUAAUUCGACGAAUGUUUAAAGCCACAAUGUGCAAAUUGUGAUCUGGUAGCACGACACUUCUGAAUUGCAUAAACAAUAAUCAGCUGUUCCUAUUGCACCUCCAACAAACACGCGUAUUAAAAGUUACCGGCAUAAAAGAAAUAAUUAAAUAUUUGUGACACAAAAAUAAAUGUGAAUACUAUUUUAACACACAAACAAUACAACAAUGGUGCAUUUGUUUAAAUUUACAACAAAAUAUAUGUUAAAAACGGCACAACAGCUGCCAAUUAGGCGAAGCAUUUCUGCGCUGUACAUAACCGGUGACAAGGCGAAAAAGAAUUAUGCACCACUUCAGCCGUAUAUGGAUUUUGAGGGGACACUCAAUAAUCUAGCACCUUUAGAAGAGAGUAUAAAAGCGCGUAAAUUGCAGAUAAACCUGGAUGAAUUAAAAGCAAAAUAUGAGAAAUUUGAAAGUAUGAAAAAUGAAAUAAAGAAGGUGGAAGCAGAACGCGAAUCAGUGUCGAAAAAGCUAAAGGAGCUAAAGAAAUUUGACACUGCCGCAAAAGAGGAAAUCGAGCAAUUGAAGGACACAGGUGUGAAUUUGCGCAAUGCUUUAAAGUCACUCAAAACGGAGAACUAUCCAAUUGAAGAAGACUUUGUGCACUCAUAUCUUAAUUUACCGAAUCACUUGCAUCCACAAUGUCCACAAAACAAUGUUGAAAAGUUGAUCUACCGCAGUCCAACGCCACGUUGUGAAGAGCAGCGGCCCUCACAUAUGGCCAACAAGGAACUCAUACGUUUCUUCAACAAUGAUCGCUACUACCUAUUCGGCACACCUGCUGAAUUCGAUGUAUUUAGUAUGCAAGCGCUGACUAAUUAUUAUGUGACAAAAGGUGGUUUUCUACAAAUGGCUAACCCGGACUUUGCACGUCUGGUGCUUCUAGAAGCGAGCGCCACACCAUUGGAAAAAUAUCACUUGGUGAAAGAAGAGGAACUAAUCAGCGAGGUGAACCGUGCAUAUUUAACCGGCGGUGCAACAUUUGAAGCUUUCCUUGGUGCUUUUGCGCGUCUGGUCGUCUUUCCCAAAGCAUUACCAAUACCUAUGGUGGCAGCGGGUAGAAGUUAUGUGAAAGUAGCAAAUGAAGAAAGACAAAGUGCAAAUCUCUUCACUGCCACACAAACAAAUGCUGUGCAAACAUUUGUUGCCACCAAAACUGCAGACGAGGCACAGGAGCAAAUGGAUAAGAUCCUAAACUUAGCUGUAGAUUUCUACAAAGAAUUGGAUGUGCAUUUUCGUGUAAUCUAUGAAGACGCGAGUGCGCUAACCAAUGCUGAAUGCCUGCGUGCGAGUAUUGAAAUGUAUUCACCGGCAGAACAACGCUACAUAUCUGUGGGAAAUGUCAGCAAUUAUGGUGAUUUUGUAUCGAAACGCAUAAUGUUUUGUAUACGUGAACAGAGUGGUUACGCCUUUCCGCAUUUAGUGGGCGGCAAUGUGCUGCACGUGACGCGUCUAAUUGCAUUGCUUUUGGAAAAUGGUGUGAACCUCGAAGAGUGUAAGCUGCUUGGAGAUCUGGAUAGUGAAGUGAAGGCUGCAAAUGCCGCUGUGAAUGAGUUCAAGGAUUUAUUUAAAUAGUAAAUUGUUGUG